AUGGAGCCUUCGACAGAGCCAGAAGUACCGGAAGGUAAAUACAACCCCAGCACUGUGCAGAAUAAUCUCAAGGCCAUACAGGACUUGAUCAAAAAGAGCACGAUUCCUGACGUGGAAGCGACCGAGCAAACUGGAAGAAAGUCCUGUAGCUCAGGAGGAAAUUCAGUGAAGUUCCAACGGAUCACCAACAAGAACCUAAUAGACAACUUCUAG